AUGAUUUCUCCCUGUCCCUCACAGACCCUAAUCUGGUACCUCUGGAAUCAACCACUGGAAAUUGACUCCUUCCUGCAAGUCACCCUUCAGGAUGAGGGCUCUAGAAAGAAAGAAAGGUUCAUUGGCACGGCCACUGUACUACUCAAGAAGCUGGUGCAAAAACCAGAUGAAGUCUUAGAUAUGAAGAACCUGGUCCUGCUCAACCACAGCAUGAAGCCCACUGAUUGUACUGUGAACCUACAGCUGGCCCAAAUGCAUGACCAGCACACUGAGAUGAUGGGCCAUGAAGAACUCCUGUACUCAACUGCAAAUAAGGUGACCCAGCAGAAACUAAUGGUGCCCGGCUACACUAUGCACAGGACUCUGACUUCCAAGCCUCAGCAAUUUCAGGUUCGGAUAAAGGUGUUUGAAGCCCGACAGCUCUUGGGCAACAACAUCAAGCCAGUGGUGAAGAUAAACAUUGCAGGCCAUCAGCAUAUCACACGGAUCAAGAUAGGAAACAAUCCUUUCUUCAAUGAGAUAUUCUUCCAGAAUUUUCACGAGGUUCCUGCAAAGUUCUUUGAGGAGAACAUCUUAAUCCAGGUGGUGGACUCUGCAGCGUCGAGAUCUAAAGCAGAGAUUGGAAGAUUCCAAACUGACAUUGGGUUUAUCUACCAUGCCCCAGGUCACACACUCCUAAGGAAAUGGUUAGGCCUCUGCCAGAAAAAUAAGACCAACAGUGGGGUGAGAGGCUACCUGAAAGUCACCAUCUGUGCCCUCGGUGUGGGAGAUAUGGCACUGGUAGAUCAAAAGCUGCCCUAUGAGACUGGCACCCAAGUCAAGAUCUUCAAGUCGGCAGCAGCCCCAGUCAGCCUGGCUUACUUGCAGUUCUUCAUCUACUGUGCAGAGGACCUCCAUUUCAGGAAACACCAGUCAGCUUCUCCUGCCUUGGAGGUGGAACUAAUUGGGAACAAGCUCAGGACACAUCCACAGAGCCAGAGUGACAGCCCAAUAUGGAACCAAAUCCUCACUUUCCAGAUUCAGCUGCCCUGCCUCUCUAGCUACAUCAAGUUCAGAGUCGUGGACUGCUCCAAACGUGAUUGCUGGGAAGUGAUUGGGUCUGCCAGCUUGUGCCUCAACCAGAUCUCAUCCACUGGGGAGGAGAUCCAAGGAAUGUACUCUGGCUUCCUGCCCUGCUUUGGCCCCAGCUUCCUGACUCUACGUGGGGGUAAAAAGGCCCCUUUUAGAAUCCCUGAGGAUGGUACUUGUAUUUUUGAUGCUGUUAAGGAUGGUUUAACUUAUCAAGGCCGGAUCUUCGUGGAGAUAAUCACCCGGAUGAAGUCUCAGCAAGACUCUGUGAUAAAGGAUCUAUCUCGAGAAGUGACCCAGAUAGAGAGACAGCAGUAUCGGCACAAGUAUGGGCUGUGCGUUGUCUUCCUUUCCUGUACCAUGAUGCCCAAGUUUAAGGACCUGAUCCAAUUCGAGGUCAGCAUGGGUCACUAUGGAAACAAGAUGGAUCCAAACUACAAGCCUCUCGUAUCAACCACACAGUACAGCCCGGUGAUAUAUGAUGGGUGUCUCUACCAUUAUGUGCCCUGGUACGACAUGAAGCCUGUGGUGGCUGUGACCUCCAAAUGGGAGGAUGUCAACUUCCGGAUAAAUUGCCUCAACCUCCUCCACGUCACCCGGGAUCACCUGUAUGAGAAUCAGGCCAAGGUGAAAGGCCAGUGGGGACAGCAGGGACUGUACAGAUGCCCCAACUUCUCAGAUGUCUUGGGACGCAAGGCUGUCCCCAAGACAGAUUUCAAGACUCCCCUGGGAUGGCACUGGAAGGGUGACUGGAUAGUGGAGCCUCAGAGGAGACUCCUCCUGGACACAGACAUCAACAAGAGCCAGGUGCUGGAAGAGGUGUAUGAAAAUCAGACCCGCAAUGCCAAAGGCAUUUGGGUGCCUGCAGCUGUUCCCAACACAGACGUGAAUGGACAGCCUGUGGAAGCCAUGGAGAAUGUUAAGUGUCCCCAAGGCUGGCACUUUAAGAAAAGCUGGAUUGUGGAUCACAAUUAUGCAGUGGACAGUGAAGGCUGGGAGUAUGGAGUGGGGAUCCCACCCUCUGGCCUGCCGCAGAUCUGGAACUCGGUGGAAAAGACUUACCAUUCAAGCCGCAGGCGACGCUGGGUGCGUGUGCGCUUCCGGGAUCACCAGGAGCUGAGCCAGGAGCAGGAGACUCUCUCCUUCCUACAGACGCAAGACAUCUCUGAGGAGGGAAAGGAGGGCUGGGAGUAUGGCACCUUUGACUCCAAGUUCCACCUGGACCCAAAGCCAACAAGCCGGUUCCGGCGCCGCUGUUGGCACCGACGGCUGGCACCCAACAAGGAGAGGGGUGUGGCUCCCAUAUUCUUCCUGGAGGGAUCCUUGGCACAGGCAGCGGAGUUGGAAAACCAAUCUAAGCCGGAACCGCAUAGGACCAGGUCGUGGUGGGACUCCUGGAGGCGCAUGCAGGAGGAUCCCUGGAUCCCCAACAUGCCUUUCAUCUACUGCGUAUUCCAAAAGCCUCACUACUACCAGCUCUUCUGCUAUAUCUACCGGGCCCGGAAUCUGAUGUACAACCAGAUCCUGACCUUUCAGGAGCCUUUCAUUCGAGUGGUCUUCUUGAACCACAGCCUGUGUACCCAGACGCUACAUAGCUCUGCAGCUCCGACGUGGGCCCAGACGCUCAUCUUCCAGCACCUUCUGCUGUUUGAGAACCCCAAGGAUACCAAAGAGAACCCCCCAUUUGUGGUGCUGGAACUGUGGCAGCAUGACUCUAAGGGAAAAAAGGUCUUGUGGGGACGGAGCAUGUGGCCCCCAGUGGUUUGGUUGAACCUCCAAAGCUGGACCUUGACCCCCCUGAGGUGGCAUCCAAUUAUGAAAGAGUUGGGAGAGGAAGAGGGUGAGAUCUUGGCAUCCUGUGAGCUGAUCCUCGAGGUUGAGAAAGACGUACAUCUGCCAAUGCUAAGUGUCCCCUUUAAGGACGGGAUAUACUCACUGCCUAAGAACAUCCAGCCCACGGUGAAAAUGAUGGCCAUUGAGAUUUUGGCCUGGGGCCUUCGAAACAUGAAGAAGGUGCGUUACCCACAGCUCCGGGUGGAAUGUGGGGAGCAGUCCCUGAGGACAGACCCCAUCAGCAACUACCAGCAGAAUCCCAACUUCCCUAUAAAGAACUUCCUCCUCACGGUGUUAAUGCCUAUGGAGGAGACCUAUGCAUUGCCCCUGAUGGUGAAAGUGGUGGACAACCAGGUCUAUGGCCAGGAGAUUGUGGUGGGUCAUGCCAACAUCGACUUCCUCCAGCCCUAUUUCUGUGACCCCUGGGCUCUGAACUACACACCUGUAAACAUACCACCCCUGCCUGAAAAGAAGCCUGAUACUUUCCUAGACUUCCUCUACAAGAAGUUCUGGUUUGAUUCCAGGAAAGAUGAGGAUGACUAUGACUAUGAGUAUGACGUGGACUGGUGGAGCAAGUUCUUCUGGGCCACAGACAAUGAUGACAAGUCCCUGAAGUACAAGUACAAAAACUACCACACCCUAAAGGUGUAUGACUGUGAGCUGGAGGCAGUUCCAGACUUCCAGGGCCUGCAGGAUUUCUGCCAGACCUUCAAACUGUACCAGGAGAAACCCAAGGUGGACAGUCCUGUGGUAGGGGAAUUCAAGGGUCUCUUCCGCAUCUACCCCUUUCCUGAGGACCCAGAGGCCCCCAAUCCCCCACGUCAGUUCUCAUCUUGGCCUGAGACCGACAACUUCCCUCAGACGUGCAUGGUACGGGUAUACCUGAUACGAGCCAUCAACCUGCAGCCACAGGACUACAAUGGCCUGUGUGACCCUUAUGUGAUCCUGAAACUGGGGCAGACGAAAUUUGGCAGCCGGGACUCAUACUACCCCAACACUCUGAAUCCUAUCUUUGGCACGAUGUAUGAACUCAAGUGUAACAUUCCACUGGAGAAGGACCUGGAGAUCCAGCUCUACGACUUUGACUUAGUUACUUCUGAUGAUGAGAUUGGAAUGACAGUUAUUGACCUUGAGAACCGACUUCUGUCUGGCUUUGGGGCCCGUUGUGGGCUCUCUAACUGCUACUGCAAGUCAGGGCCUUUUAGGUGGAGGGAUCAGCUGUCACCAAGCUACCUUCUGGACCGCUAUGCCAAACAGAAAGGGCUGCCGCCACCUGUAUAUGACCUUGAGAAGGACUCGGUUUUCUACAAUGGGAAAAUGGUCCAGUUGAAGAGCUUUGAGUCCACACCCCCUACCCUUAAGGAUUUGGGGCCUAAGAAGGAACGCCUGGCACUGUACAUCUUGAACAGCCAGGGGCUGGUUCCUGAGCAUGUGGAGACCCGCACACUAUUCAGUAAUAGCCAGCCGGGUAUUGACCAGGGGAAAAUACAAAUGUGGGUCGACGUCUUCCCCUUCGUGCUGGGGCCUCCUGGUCGCCCAGUCAACAUCAGCCCCAGAAAGCCUAAACGGUACGAACUGCGCUGUAUCAUUUGGAGUACGACCCAAGUGGACCUGGUUCAACAAACCUUUAGUAGAGACAAGACGAGUGACAUCUAUGUCAAAGGGUGGCUAUUUGGGCAAGAGAAGGACAUGCAGAAGACAGAUGUCCACUACCACUCCCUGACUGGGGACGCCGUCUUCAACUGGAGGUUCAUCUUUACCAUAGACUACCUGGUGACAGAGCGUGUAUGCGUCCAAAGUCAGAAGGACUACAUAUGGAGCCUGGAUCCCGUAUCAAUGAAGUUUCCAGCCAGGCUCAUCAUCCAGAUAUGGGACAAUGACCUCUUCAGCCCUGAUGACUUCUUAGGGGUCUUGGAGCUGGAUUUAUCGGACAUGCCCCUUCCGGCUGUGAGCAGCAAGCAAUGCUCCCUCAAGAUGAUGGAACCGGACCCCAAAUGGCCCCACACGCAGCAGAAGCGCAUCUCUCUCUUUAAGAAGACCAAUGUAACUGGAUGGUGGCCUUGUCAGGUCCUCGAUGGUGACAAGUGGCGUUUGUCGGGAAAAGUGAAGAUGACUCUGGAGAUACUGACAGAGAAGGAAGCUUUGAUCAGGCCAGCUGGGCGAGGCCAGUCAGAACCCAACGAAUUCCCCAAACUUCAUCCUCCUGUACGACAUGACUCCCCUUUCAUGUGGAUCCGGUCACCGAUUAAAAACUUCUGCUAUGUUUUCUGCAAACGCUACCGCUACAAAAUCAUCUGCCUAUUGAUGACACUGUUACUGGCCAUGAUACUGUUCAAUUUCAUCUAUUCAGCUCCGAACUAUUUGGCCAUGGCCUGGAUCAAACCUGAACUUCGAUUGAAUCCUCCCAUUAAAAUAGUCAACCUUAUCAGUUCAGCAAACACCAGCAAUAUCAACUCUUCUGUCUAUCGCGAAGAGGGUUCAAAACUACAGCCUUUAAAAGACAAUGCCUCGACACUCCACCAAGGACACAGGAACCAUGUGAAAGAUGUCGUCCCAGGGAUUCCAGCUCCACAAGGCUAGGUUACCUGAUUUUUCUCUCACCUGCCAAGCACCCUGUCUCUUGGGCUUCCCAGCAGAUCCUUGUUUGAGUGUUCUAGAACAUGGCCAAGGGGCUGUGCAUUUUCUACUGAAAUAAAUACAUUUUUCU